CAGCGCAUUCCGCGUGCGGCAUGGACCGCCCCCUCUAUGUUUGUCUCGUCAGUUUGAAAAAUGGAAAAUGCAGUUUCAGACUCCCGAGAGCCUUUGAUUAUAACAAAAGAGCGUUCUGUCCACCUCAAUCAACGGCGAUAAGGGACCCGCCACCUUCUGCUUUUGUAGCCACUCCCUGCAGCAAUCAAUCAUGAAUAUUGCCUGCUUUCCCGGAAAGAAAUAGAAAAAGCAAAACAAGCCCAUUUCAGAAGAACAGGCAAAAAGCAGAAGAACCCACUAUUUUUCUGAGGUGAGACAAACCCAUUUAACAGAAUUUGAGUUGGGGUUGUAUGGUGGCGAUGACAUCUACAUUCAUUCGCUGCAUGCAUUUCCUUCUCUGUUUCUCAAUGCUCUUCACCUCAGUUCUCGCCGAACACCAUGGAAAUGCUGCUAAUGAGCUCGUCGAUGUUAUAAAUGAGAACCGAACAGCCCACAAGCUUCCGAAGCUGCAUGACAGUCCUGGGCUUGGGUGCAUGGCCUUACAGUACGUAAGGGAAUGCACGGGAAACUGCACUAGCAAUCACACAGUGAGCUGUCGACCUCCGGAAGAAGACAUCACUGAAGUUUAUGCUCCCAACUGUGGCGUAGAGCUACCGACCGUCAACAUUAUAUCCGGCCGCAUCAUUGGAUGUCAGUCCAAGUAUCUUACCCCAGCACAAGCAUUUUCUGAUGUUCUCGCACGAGACAAGAAGACCCUUUCUCUAGUGCACAACAAAGGAGAUACUGAGGUUGGAGUGGGCAUAAUCAGAGGAACACAUCGAGGCCCGUUCUUCUGGUGUGUUUUGUUUAGCAACGGGCAAACGAAUUCCACCUUUGUUCUUGAAGGAGGAAAAGGCAUCAAGCAGAAGAAAGGCUGCUUCAGUGGAAUGGACGUUCAAUGCAGUGACGGUCAGAAGCUCUUACUGUCACAUGGUUUCUUGACUUGGGUUUUUGCUAUCGUAAUCUGUUUCAUUAGUGGCACUAUAAUUUAUUCAUGAGUGAUUGAGGGAUUUUGACAAGGAAUAACUUAAUUGCCUUCAUUUCCACAGCUUUCACUAUCAUAGUCUCAAUUGCAUGUUUUUUCUUUUUAUAGAAAGUUAUGCAUAUUGAAGGA